GUGGGACCCAUUUGCUUAACUUCCACGUCUUUCCUAGCUGUUGAAGAUGCAAAUGAAUAGUUUCAGGACUCACUCUGAACAUUUCUGCAAGUUCUUGGCACGUUGUUCUGGAAUUUGCGUCCAUAGCCUGUCGAAGAUCCUCGUUUGACAACAGGUAACAAACUAUCGCUAUAUACAGCAACCGUACCAACUUAUUCGGUUACCUAAUAUUUA